AUGGCGGUUGAGACUGGAAUCAUCAUCACAAGCAGCAAGCAAGCCUUCAGUCUACUCAACUUCUCCACCUGCUUUGUCCUCGCGCUUGGUUCCUUGGUCUACGGGUAUUUCGCUGGGAUCAUCGGCACUACCCUCACAAAGGCCUCGUUCCUGUCAUACAUGGGUCUCAUUGAUGCCGAUGGCAAGCCUACGUCAGAUUCAGCUGGCUUGAUUGGAGCGACGACCGGUGUAUUCCAGGCUGGCGGUGUCUUCGGUAUCGUCAUCGCGGGCCAUCUUGCGGACAAAAUCGGACGUAAACGGACAUCUAUCUACAUUGGAAUCCUCGGCAUCAUCAGCUCGGCAAUAAUAUCCGCAUCUCAGAAUGUGGGAAUGUUCAUCGCACUCCGUUUCUUCACAGGCGCAACCGGUUUCGCAUUCAUGACCGUCAUGACCGUGUACUGCGCUGAGCUUGCCCCCGCCGCUCUUCGCGGACUCUACGUGGGAUUGAACGGAGCAUUGUGUGCACUGGGCUUCGCCAUCUCGUCUUAUUUUGGUGUUGCAUUCUAUAAUGUCUCCCACGAAGUCCAGUGGCGUGUUCCAAUCGCCCUCGGCACGGUAUUCCCCGUGGUGCUCACCAUCUGUUACCUCUUCGUCCCCGAGUCGCCCCGACACCUCCUUAUGGAAGGCCGGAAGGAAGCCUCGCUAAAAGUCAUGUUGACGCAGCACGGCCACGGAGACCGGGAGGAUUUCGCUCGAGCGGAGUUCUUCCAGAUGGAGAAGCAGGCGGAGCUCGACAUGAAUAGUGACGCUUCUUGGAAGCAGUUCUACAGCAAGCCCUCUGUGCGGCGGCGGGUGAUGAUUGCCGCCACCCUCGCGUUUCUGUCUCAGAGCACAGGGAACUUGGUCAUCAACAAUUAUGGCUCAACCCUCUGGGGCAGUCUCGGCUACGAUGCCUACACUCAACUUUGUUUCCAGGCUGGAUACAUCACUGUCUCCCCUAUAUUCAAUGUCAUUGGAUCCGCUUUUGCCGACUACGUUGGACGGAGAACUUUGCUAUUUGUUGGCUUCAGCAUGUGUCUCUUUUGCGUGACGGUUGAGACCUGCAUGAUUUCUCUGUACGGUGCAGCAGGCACGAACAAGGCCGGCCUGGCGACCGGUGCUGCCAUGCUGUUCCUGUUCCAGGCCAGCUACGCCAUCUGCGGCGAUGUGUGUGUCUUUAUCAUUGUCAGCGAAAUCUUCCCGAACCAUCUGCGGUCGAAGGGCGCCAUCGUCGCUUAUACUGCCAAUGCCUUGACCAACUUGGUUUAUCUCCAGGUCGCCCCGACCGCCUUCGCCCACAUCCACUGGAGGUUUUUCCUGCUUUUCAUCUCGGUCACCACGUGCGGCCUGGUGUGGAUCUACUUCUUCGUGCCCGAAACGAAAGGCGUCGCGCUGGAGGAGCUAGCCGAGAUCUUCGGCGAUGCGGUUGCCGUCCAUGCAGCAGAUAUUACUGUUGACCACGACGCUCACGAGGUGCAUUUGGGUGGCAAGCACAUCGAGGAGGACGAGAUCACUUCCACGUAUGUUACGGAAACGAACGAACCAAAGAAUAAAGCUGCUAUGCAUAUGGAAAAGUCCCAAGUUUAG